UUCAGUUGCAGCAACUGCAAGUUUGUCUUUAAUUUUGAGGAACCUCUCAAACGUCAUUUGAAACUUUGUUACCAGUAUCCUUCUGGAAUUAGCCCACAUGUAUGCAAACUAUGUGGUGAAAUUUUUAGCACAUCAAAGUUACUAAAUGAUCACGAAGAGCAAGCACAUAAUAAAAAAACCCAAUUUGAAUGUAAAUAUUGUAAGGCACCGUUUUCGUCUAGUCGAAAUCUUAUUAUUCAUGAAAGAGUCCAUGAAAAAGAACCAGUAUCUUGCGGAAUCUGUAAAGCACAGUUUACUUAUUUUGCACCACUCAAAGUUCAC